AGUUGUCAAGUUUUUAGUUUCCGCCAUUUUCAAACUUUGGUAGAAGAUCGUCUGUUUUUCUUCUGGUCUGUAUGUUCAGAUAACGGGUCGUUAAAAACUUGGUGACGAUGGCUCUACCACCGGAGAAAAUAUCAGAACUCAGGCAGAUCAUCCACAAUAAGUUGACUCAGAUGGACGUCCAUUCCCGCAUCCGAGAUGCCGUGUCAGAGACCAUGGAGGAGUCGCGUGUGUCGGAGCGCGGGGGCGGGGCGGUGGGCGAGGAACAGGUCCUGGAGUCGCUCCGACAGAGGGGGAUCAUCGACGAGAUCCUGAGUGAGAUGAGCUUCGAGGAGGAACCGCCCCGUGACGUCAGGAGACCGACCAAACCUGCCACUCACUUUGUGGAUAGAGAGGACAGAAUAAAGACCAGCACACCGGCCAAAAAAGCUGCCAUUGACCCCACCCGGAGACACCUGUAUCUCCAGGUGAAAGGUGGGAAGGCGUUUCUGGAGCACCUGCAGGAGCCGGAGCCCCUCCCCGGCCAGGUGGGCCCCACCUUCACCCUCCACGUGCUGUUCCGUGGCCAGCGCUUCAGGUCCAAGCCUGUACCCUGUGCCUGCGAUCCUGAUAUACAGGAGGGCUUCCUGUUAGAACUCCACUCUAAAGGAUCAGGAGAAGCAGCUCAGAUGGCAGACUCCACCUCCCUCCUGUCCCUCUGUGACCCUGUCCACAUGGUGCUGAUUAAAACUGACGUGGCUGGGGACACUGCACUGCUGACAUCCCACUACCUGGAGUGGAGACAUGUACUUGCUGCCCAGGAUGGGUACACCAACACUGCAGUGGAACUUAUGGGUGUAGGAACAGAGUCCAAGGUACCAGUUGGUGUUUUAGAUAUACGGUUGGAGAUUUUACCCCACCCCGUCCACACCCUUGCACCUGACGUCAUCACCACACAGCUGAACUUGGAGCAGAGUCGACGGGCGGAGCGGGAGCGGCUCUUCCUCGUCUACGCUAAACAGUGGUGGCGGGAGUUCCUACAGAUCAGGGGCACCAACAGCAGCAGGCUGGUCAAGAUAUUUGCUCAGGAUGAAAAUGCAACAAACAGACCAGUCUGCUCCUUUGUCCGACCACUACAAGCUGGCCGCCUAUUGGACACCCCGAGACAGGCAGCGCGGUUCAUCAGCCUGCUGACCUAUGAGAAGGCCUCUACUGUUGGAGGUGGGCCGAGGGCCGAGCAGUGGUGUACCAUGCACGCCUUUCUCUGCAGAAACAAAGGAGAUUGUGAGGACCACUCUGUGCUGCUGUGCAGCCUGCUGCUGGGGUUCGGGCUGGACGCGUACGUCUGUGUAGGCACGAAGACGAACAACACGGCGCACACCUGGGUCCUGACCCUGGGGAUGGACGGAGAGGCCACCUUCUGGGAGAGCCUGACAGGGCACAGAUAUAGUCACCAGCCCAUCAACCCUGAUGACCCCCCAGCAGUGGAACAGCCCAGACCGCAGUACCCUUACAGAUCAGUAGGGUGCGUCUUUAACCACCAAGUCUUCUAUGCCAACUCACAGCCGACAGACGCGGUUGAGGUUUGUCACUUUAACUUCACAGAUGAGUCUGGGUGGAAGGCCAUGAGUGAGGAGGCCAUCAAGUCUGUAUGUGGGGAGGGAACUCUGCCUCUAGGACCCGUGUUCCCCCCUCUGUGCGCAUCUCUGUUUGAUCCCGGGCUGCUGAGUGCAGAUUUGGAGCUGGAACUCAGGGUACUUGUUACCGAACACAGGAAAGAUCUUGGCCUGACAACAGUGUGGGACAAUGAGCUCAGCUACCUUCUCACCCCGGCACUAGCAGCGUAUGAGCAGGAGCGGACCACAGGGCAGAUAUCUGGUAAUGAGGAGUUCCAGCAGGCCAUCCGCAGAGCUGUCCCAGAUGGGCACACAUUUAAGGGCUUCCCUAUCCAGUUCCUGCACAGAAAUGCUCGCAGGGCCUUUGCUGGAUGCCUCAGGUCGCCUGUCUGUGAAGAGAUUGUGAGUUGUCGAGGAGACCACGUUCGCCUGGCCGUUCGUGUCCGCGUGUUUACGUACCCAGAGCAGGCCUGUGCCGUGUGGAUCAUGUUCGCCUGUAAAUACAGAUCUAUCUUAUGAGCUGCAGACGGCAUGGGAUAUAAAGUAGCUGACGCUACAAGGGCUCUAGCCAGCUUGAAAUUUUUUUCCGUCAGCCAAUUCCAAUUGUCACGAAAACACUGAGACCUUGAAAAACGGG